CGCCUCCGGUGCCACCCGCGUGCACGUUGACGCAGCACAGUCAGUCGGCAUGACAACGCGCUCUCACUGACAAAGGCGCCGCAGCUCACGCGCCGGAGGAUGGCAGCAGAACCUCCGUGUACCGGAACCGGUUCGGUCCUCGCAGUCAUGCAGAGCGCGCGACCGGUCACCGUGAAAGUUUCCGCGGCCAGCCUCACGCUCAGCGCGCUCGCGCUCUUGCUGCUGGUUACCGCCAUCUGCACGGACCACUGGUACCACACCGACACACGCGCGCACAAGGAGAACUGCGACCGGCACGGGGCGGACUCCACGGACCAGAAGAACCGGGACAUGCCGAUCUACCAUCUCCCGCUGCUGGACGGAGGCGCGCGCCACCGAGACGUGGCGCUCAUGAAGCCCGUGCACGUGGGUAGCCGCGAGGAGGAGCUGCUGGAGAACUGGCGCGCGAUCCUCGGGAUGGGCAUCCUCGAGACUGAGUGCGGGAGGCCGCUGUUCUCCACGCACGCGGGGCUGUGGCAGAAGUGCUACUUUGAGGAUCAGGACAUCGACAAGCUCAUCGCACGGGGAAUCGCUGAACGCUGCACCGCUGUAAAGUAUCACUUCCCUCAGCCAAUCAGGUUGAGGAACAUCCCUUUGAACUUGACCAAGACGAUUCAACAAGACGAAUGGCGUUUGCUGCACAUGCGUCGCAUCACUGCUGGUUUUUUGGGCAUGGCGGCUGCUGUUCUGCUGUUCGGGAGCAUCGUGGUAUCAGUGGGUUUCUUCUGGGAGGAAAGUCUGACUCAGCACAUCUCUGGGCUGCUGUUCCUGAUGGCAGGCAUUUUCUGCACCAUCUCCUUAUGUACCUAUGCGGCCAGCGUGACCUAUGACCUCUCCAGAAACCCCCCCUUCAUCUACGGUCUGCCUGGAGAUGUGGAUCAUGGGUACGGUUGGUCCAUCUACUUCGCCUGGACAAGUCUGGGUCUGACCGUGGCUGCCGGCUGCCUUGCUACCACCUUCCCCUUCCUGAACCGGGCCCGAGCUCUGAGGUCCAAAACUGCACGGGAAUCUUCUGUGUGAGCUGUUGGUGAUCAGCAGGACACCGGACUCCGAGACGUGGUCCAGACUGGGCUGCAGAGGUUUUAUUUACACUGGCUUCUGGACUCUUGCUGAGGGAGAACCUCAAGAGGACUCAUACCUCUGCUGCAAAGCUUCUGUGGAGCAUGGCGCCCCCUUCUGGGUGUCUUCGAUAGGAACAGUGUUUGUAGUGUCAGAGGAACCGCCGUCCGACCCGGCUUGGACGGGUCUUACAGUGUCUGUUAGCCAGUGACCGUUUCUCAUUGUGAAAUUAUGUAUUUUGGCUGACCCCCCCCCCCUGCGGUUUUUACACAGGUGUGAUCACAGGUGAAGAUCUGGUGAGUUUGAAUCUUGAGGGGCGGGUUCAGGUCCGAUGAUGGAGCCUCCUCUCUGACUGCAUGGAGGCGCAGUUUUUGGCUCCAGAUGAGCCCAGAUCCAUUUCAGCCCCCCCAUCAGGCCACAGACAGGUGGGAGACACAUGGGGGGGGGGGGGGGGUCGUGAUCCCCAUGUCCGGUCCAUUGAAAAGUCAGCAGAACUUAGAUGUGUCCAAACCUUUUUCACUCAACAGCACCAGAUUUUUGUAAAGGUGAUCAAGACACCUCCUUAGUGCAGGUAAGAAGGUCCGAACAGGGCCCCCCAUACCACUUAACCUGACCCCCACCCACACACCACUUGACCCCCCCCCAUUUGUAAAUAAAAUACUUGAAGCCCACCUGAUCUCAGAGUGGU